AUGUCCAAAUUCAAUCCGUCAAAUUUCGAUUGGACUGAAGAACGUAAUUGCUCCUGUGAGCUCCCAUUAAUCUGUAUUCGCCCUGUUAAGUUUAGGAAUCCCAUUUUGUGUAUUAAUUCAGCAAUUGACGUGAACAACUUUGAAAUUUUUUUGAAAAAGUCUCCAAAUGAACAACAAAUUUAUUCUAACUCCCCACUAAAUAAUUUUGAUAAUUGCUCUACAGAGCAACCACUUUUAAAUACAACCACCACCACUCCUCUAACUUUUACUCAAGAUAAUGAGUAUAAUUCAACAAUCACCACUCCUCAAUCUUAUACUCAGCAUAAUUUUAGUUUUUUGAUGGUUUAUACUUUGCUUGGUCUUAUUCUUGCUUUACAGUUAUUUUACUGGAUUAAUAUUAUUCUGCGUAAAAUACGCAGACGUCGUGAAUGUAAAUUAAUUCGCAAAGGAGCGACUCAAUUUCAGGAGAAAACUCGACCUAAUACUCCAAUUGCUCAUCGCAGAGGUAGUUUUUGGUUUUUUAAGAGUAAGUAA